AUGGACAGUAUCAAGGUAGUUCAAGAACUUGACUGUGAUUACCUGUGGGUUGAUCGACAUUGCAUCAAUCAAGAUCCGAAAGACCCUGACAAGGGCGAACAGAUACAAAGGAUGGAUGAGAUCUAUUCUCAAGCAUGUUUCACGAUAAUCGAUGCCGCUGGAGUAGACUGUACCUCUGGUUUGGCUGGCGUAAAUCUCCCUCGACAAUCCGAUCCAGUGCAGCGAUACGCCCAAGUCAAUGGUGUAAACCUCACCUACCUCGGUACGCCUCCCGCAGAAAAGAUUCGGUCCAGUCGCUGGGCUUCUCGUGGUUGGACGUAUCAGGAAGGUAUCCUAUCGCACAGAAGAAUCUUUUUCACUAAUGAGCAAGUCAUAUUCCAGUGUAAUAAUAUGACUUGUCUCGAAUCAUUUGAUAUUCCCAUGAGCAUUCUGCAUCAAAUUAAAGCCCCAAAUUUAAAGAUGAAGCCCAUGCUUAGGGAUUUUGAGCCUCUUGUUUUGGCCGAUAAUAAUCUUGGGAGUCAUUUGAUGGAGUUUAGCAAGAGAGACCUUACUUAUGAUAAAGAUUCUCUUAAUGCCUUCCUAGGGAUACUCAACGUCUACCGCAGAGAGAAGGAUUAUUUUCACUUUCAUGGAAACCCAUUUCAGGGAGAGAAAAGGUGUAUGAUCAAUGCUUGGUACCAUAUCGAACCUGGGACUAGAAAGGCCGAUUUUCCCAGUUGGUCUUGGACUGGUUGGAAAGGCGCGAUCAAGAUGACCAGCUAUGAGAAUCCGGACCAUGACGUUAAAUUAGUCACCGAAGCUGAAGGUCCUAUCACACUCGACGAAUACAAGACGGCGUGCAAGGAGAACCCCCCACAAGAAAUAAAACCCGCCAUUGAAAUGACAGGGAAGAUGACUACACUGUCGUUCGAACUCAUCAAAUGGGGUUCGGAGUCAAUCCUUCGCAAUAGAGACAUCAACGAGCCCACGAUUCAAGAUGGCCCUUGGGCUAUACUUCCGAUAACAACGGAUAUCACAUGCUACUCGUUCUUAUACCUCGAUAAUGAAGCGCUGGCCGGGCUUUAUCAAUUCAAGCUUCCAAUCAUCGUGCUGGAGUUUGGAACCAUAUCGCAGGAUCACAACCUUAUCAUACUAGUUUUAAGGGAAAAGGGUGACCACUUCGAACGAGUUGGGUUGAUUACCUCACGGGACGCCUUUAAAUAUGGCAAUAAAGAAAAGGACAAUCAGCCAAAGCCAACUGUUUAUAAGGACAAGGGCAGAGGUUGGAUGACCCGGGCACUGAUACCUAAGCCCGAAGACCCUAUCUGGGAGCAGGAACUCAAGAAGGAAACUAUUGUGUUGAAAUAG